AUGGACGCACCAAACGAAAGCUACACGGGAUAUUUCAACGUGGCAAGGCUAGGACAAAACAGAGUCCACACGGUCAACUCACAAGGACACACACAAGAACAUGAGAUCUACGAUACCACCGAAAUCUCCCCCAGCUUCCACACAACACCCAUGAUCUCAGCGCAAGGCACAAUAGCAAUCGCAACCAAUGACGCAGAGGUAACAUCACCGGUCCAAACGAUCAGACCUUGGGAAGCCCUCAGCCUGUUUGGUUUCACAAAAGAGGACAGCAGAAAACUGUUGUUUGAGGAGAAACUCAGUUGGAGAGAGACAAAAGAAACAAUGAAGAGCAUAGCACCACAACAGGUGUGGCAGCAAGUGUUCACGUACAGCAUGUGCAGAAACAUUCAGCGACAACACCUAUCGGACAAAACAGAACACAAAUUCUUGACAAUGUACGCAAGACCAAAACAUGCUAAGAAACACCUAACAGCGAUAGUCAGCAGAUCCAUCGACCCAUUCACAACGCUACCAAUCCCAACAGGAGAAGACUGGCAAGAGAAAUGCAGCGGAGACCAAGACAUCAGCCACAUCAUCAAGGCAAUCUGCAACAACAAAAAGGUAGAGCUCACAAACCCAACGUAUGCCUCAGAACUCAACAGAGAUAAACUAGAGAUCGAAAACGGCAUCCUAUACCAAUUAAAAGAACCGAAGUCGGCACCAAUGCGUCAACUACGACGAGCAGUCGUCCCACCAAGAUUGAGAGCAACAAUCAUAGCAGCAUACCACGCAUCACCGAUGGCAGGACAUAUAGGGUUCCACAAAGACGUAUUACAGGAUAGCCGCAAGGUUUUGGUGGCCCGGGAUGGCAAAGGAUAUCAGAGAUCCAGUCCUAGGAUGCGGACAUUGCAAUGCAGCCAACGCGUCGAGCCAAAAAAACCAAAAGAUUCUACAACGGACCCCAAUAGAAGAACCAUUUGA